UUCAUUGCCUUCUCAUUGUUAAAAUUCUCUACUCGCAGAAACAUUUUGUCUGAAAUAAUUUGUUGGGGAAUUUAAGGAUGAAGCCCCUCACUGCCACCUUGGCUAUUCUUCUCCUUCUCUUCACUUCCUCUUUUCUCCAAGUUACUAUGGCUGGCUCAGCGUUCUGUGACUCGAAGUGCAAGGUGAGGUGCUCAAAGGCUGGGGUCCAAAAGAGGUGCCUCUACUUCUGUGGGAUUUGCUGUGAGAAAUGCCACUGUGUGCCCCCAGGGACUUACGGGAACAAGGAUGCUUGCCCUUGCUACAGGGACCUGCUCAGCUCCAAGAAGACCCCGAAAUGCCCUUGAACUAUUAUACCUCCCAUCUUAAAUUUUUUAGUUAACUUAAAUUAAUUACUACUCUUGUAUUUGCACGCUACGUACUAUUAGUAAAUCUUAGUGAGCGCUAGCUAUAGUUUGUACUGGGGUUGAUGGCUUUAUCUUGAUAUAUUUGUGCCGUGAGCUGGGACUUUAAUAAUCUAUGUAAUAUGAAUGUAUGAUGAGUAGUUGAUCGUGUGAUAUGUUACGGCUUUCUUCCA